UCCGAGCCACACGUACAUGGGUCACAUGACGCGAUUAUAUAUCAGUCUGCAGCGCAGCGUGAGGUUAGCUUUCUGCUGCCAGGUAGCUACAAACGUUUCUGAUGCUAGCUAGCGCCUGAUUCUGUGGUUUAAAUAUCCUCAAAGUUACAAAAAUAGCUGUACUUCAAAACACAGUGUUUUGCAGAGAACUAGUCUUGGAGCUGUUUCGCACGGGAUCGUGCUUUUGGGCAUAUUUUGACUUUUCUUUUUUCUGUCCUAGCUAGCCAAGGUUAGCGCGUUAGCUAACGUUAACAUGAAUAUUGACAACGUUAAUCAGUCUGUCACAACUGGAGUGUCAUCAACGACGUCUUCAACUUCAAGUAAUUGUAUCGCAAAUGAUAAUACAACAACCAACGUCAGCAGCAUCCCUUCGGUCACGAGUAAUGCUUCAGCCUCAGCGGCCAUGGUGACACCAUCAGCAGACUCGUCUGUCUCCAACGGUGUCUAUGUUCCUGGUGGCAUCACCAAUGGAGAUGUAAAGCCUGCCCUCUCCACCAUGCCACUGGCAGAUUUUCUUAUGCAGCUGGAAGAGUACACUCCCACGAUUCCUGAUGCAGUGACAGGCUAUUACCUCAACCGGGCUGGCUUUGAGGCUUCUGAUCCAAGAAUCAUUCGUCUGAUUUCCCUUGCUUCUCAGAAGUUUAUCUCAGACAUUGCCAAUGAUGCGCUGCAGUACUGUAAAAUGAAGGGCACUGCCUCAGGAAGCUCAAGAAGUAAGACAAAGGAUAAGAAGUACACUCUGACAAUGGAGGACCUGACUCCUGCCCUCACUGAAUAUGGCGUCAAUGUGAAGAAACCAUAUUACUUUACAUAAACAUUUCUUUCUUUAAGGCUUUUUGCUUUUGCUAGUUUUAUCUCUCUGCUGACCCACUAGAGUCUGUCAACACAUUUUUUUUUAUCACGGUUCUUUAGUACAGCUUUGACAAAUCUUUCUAGUCACUUUUGUCUUUUGUUUUUGUUGAGCCACCUUUUGAUUUAUGUUAAAUUCUUUAAUUAAGUUUUAUUGUGAAAAUAAAACCCUUUCCAAACCUUGA